AUGGGCGAAUCAAUUCCUAAAAAGUACAAAGCGAUGGUCUACGACCAACCGGGAAAGAUAUCAAUCAAACUCAUUGAGUUGGACAUGCCAGAACCCGGGGCGGGGGAUGUUUUGAUCAAGCUCACCCAUUCAGGAGUGUGUCACAGCGACCUUGGGAUCAUGCUGAACCAAUGGGCACAACUACCGUUUCCCACUGAAGCUGGCCAGGUCGGUGGCCAUGAGGGUAUUGGUAUCAUCGUCAAAAUGGGCCCAGGGACUGAAAAUUCCGAGGUGAAGGUGGGAGAUCGGGUCGGUAUCAAGUGGCUUGCUGACGUCUGCGGAAGCUGCCCGCCUUGCAUGGCUGGGUAUGAGGCAUCCUGCUUCAAACAAAAGGUCUCUGGGUACUAUUGGCCGGGAACAUUUCAACAAUAUGUAACAAGUUCUGCCUUCUACGUGACCCCGAUACCCGAGGGCCUGCCGUCUGACGCUGCUGCGCCAAUGCUGUGUGCCGGUGUAACAGUCUACAGUGCCCUCCGAAAGUCGAACACACAGAGCGGUGAAUGGGUCGUCCUUCUGGGCGCUGGUGGUGGUCUUGGGCAUAUCGCAGUGCAGAUUGCGUCUCGUAGUAUAGGUCUUAGGGUGAUUGGUAUCGACAAUGGAAGCAAGAAGGAUAUCGUCCUCGAGUCCGGCGCCGAGCAUUUCAUUGAUUUUACCGCCAGUAAAGACGUGACCAAGGAGGUGAUGGACUUAACAGGAGGAUACGGCGCGCACUCCGUAAUUGUUCUUACAGCUGCCAAUGCGGCCUACACGAUGGGAAUGGACCUUCUUCGGUUUGGAGGGACUCUUGUCUGUGUUGGAAUUCCAGAAGGGGACCUGAAGACUAUCAGUGCCGCCUACCCGCAGGUUCUGAUCGGGAAAGCGCAAAGAAUUGUCGGUGUUGCGGUUGGGAACCGGAAGGAAGCCAUCGAGACUCUCGACCUUGCCGCAAGAGGGAUUAUCAAGACGCAUUUCCGGACCGAAAGGAUGGAGAAUCUCACUGAGGCUUUCGAGCAGAUGCACAAGGGUGAAUUGAAUGGGCGUGUAGUGCUGGAACUCUGAUAGGUUCUGACAGCUUGUGACGGUGCUGGUCUCUUGCAUUCUGGCUAGUGUAG